GGAGCGGUCGAACAUGUGCUACCUGGUCUACAGGGCUGCUCUCACAAACAAACCCAACUUUCGACUGGUCGGACGUCCUCUGCUCUUGAGCUCCGGAGUUCCAAUCGCAUUCGCAGUCCGACUUCCGCGUGUUCUUCUUGUUCUUCUCGUGCAUCCAGCGCGCGCCAUCCCAAAGAUACUUUGUGACUCAGAUUCCGAUUCAGUCGUUUGGCGUUCCUCCGAGAUGCCGGUUCGCGUUUCGCGCUGCCGCCUCCGUUAUUGUUACAAUGAUUCGAUGGUAAAUAACAAUGCAAAUAAAUAAGCGGUCGCGAAGUGCUAAAUAUAUCAGAUACCCGUCGAAAGUAUCUCAAAGAUAGAAUACUUACCAAGAAAUCCAGAAACACUCCAUCUACAACAGAGACAACCGAGACACCCAAGAUAUCUGCCAAAAUGAUGGCGCUCGACGGCAAGGCGAUAAUUAAGGAGGAGAUUACCGACAAGGACGCUUACGACGCCGCAGCGGCGGCGGCAGCAGCGGUGGCAGCGGGAGCCGCCCUGGCGGUGGCCACCGCAGCAGCUGUCCAGGUGCCGCCCGCGUCCUCAUCCUCGGCGGGAUCAGCGUCAGCGGCAGCUGCCGCGGCCACCAACAACACAACAUCGGCGGCAGCCACAGCGGCAGCAAUUAGUCGUCGGCUUAAAGCCAGCAGCAGCAGCAGCGGUGGAGAUAAGAGCUCCUCCUCCUCGUCGAGCAGCAAGGACAGCAGCCACACAUCCAGCAGCAGGAGCGACAGGGACAGGGAGAGGGAGCGGGAAAGGGAGCGGGAUCGCUUGUGCCGCUCGCCGCCGGACUCUCCGCCGGACAGCUCCCGCAGCCUGGCCCCCCGCUCGCCCCACUCCCCGCUGCAAUUGCACCAGCGACCCCAGCGCAAUGCCAGCGUUUCGCCAGUGGUCAAUGGCUCCUCCUCCGGCGGCGUGGGAUCCUCGGGAACUUCACCCACUCCGGGGAGUCAGCAUGCCGCCUCCCUGGCCGCAGCCGCCGCCGCCGCAGCAGCCGCCCAUGUGGAGCAGGCCCGCUUGGUCUCCAAGAUGCGCAAGUUCCUGGGCGCCCUCGUCCAGUUUUCGCAGGAACUGGGACAACCGGAAGUGAGCGAGAGGGUGCGCGCCCUGGUGCUCUCCCUCUGCUGCGGCAGCAUUUCCGUGGAGGAAUUCCGGCUGGCCCUGCAAGAGGCCAUUAACCUCCCACUCCGACCAUAUGUGGUUCCCCUGCUGAAGAACAGCAUUUCCCUGGUCCAACGGGAGGUUCUGGCCCUGGCCAGGGCCACCAAUCAGUCGGCUCUGCAGUAUGUGACCAACAACGAGCAGGCGGUGAUGGAGUUCGCACCCCAUGGCGUGGCCAGUGCCACCGAGUUCGGUGACAUAUUCAUUCAGCUGGAGGCGCCCACAUCGAAUGGGAGUAGCGCGGUCUUCAAACGCCGCUCCUCGGACUCCAUGAUGGAGCACGGCGGCCACAACGGGCUGCAGGAGUGGAGCGAGUACAUGGCCAGCGGGGGAGCGGGCUAUCCGCCGCCGCCCAGCAAACGCCUGACCCUGCAUCCCGCCCACUCGGUGGUGGCCUACGGGGACUACGGCGUCUCGUCGGCGGAGGGACUUCCCUCGGCGGCGGUCUUCAUGCAGCGCGACGAGCGGGAUCUGCGGAUGAGCGAGGCGCAGGCCAGGCACGCAGCUCCCCCACAAAGAGCCGCCAAUCCCCAGCCGAAUCCCCUGCCCAAUCCCAAUGCAGCCGGUGCUCCGGGAGCUCCGGGCGGGGCGGGUGGCGAGGAGGAGUGGAAGAACAUCCACACCAUGCUCAACUGCAUCUCCGCGAUGGUGGACAAGACGAAGCGGGCCAUCACGAUCCUCCAGCAGCGGGGCAUCGAGCCGCAGCUGCCCAACAGCGGCCAGGAGGUCACGCCGGCGGCCAUGGCGGAACUGCGUCGGCAGACGGAGGAGAAGGUCGCCGAGUUCAAGCGGAAUGCCGAGGAUGCCGUCACACAGGUCAAACGCCAAGCUGUCAUCGAAAUCCAAAGGGCAGUGGUGGCUGCCGAAACUCGGGCGGCAGAGAUCAUGACCCAGGAACGCCUGCGCAUGGAGAAGUUCUUCAUGGAGAUGAGUCGUCAUUCCAGCGGAGAACGGGAUCUGGACAACAAGUCGCCGUCAAUGGCCAGUGCCCAGAAUGGAAGCAAUCUGCAGCAGCAGUGCUGGAACUGCGGUCGCAAGGCCACGGAAACUUGUUCCGGCUGCAACAUGGCACGCUAUUGCAGCGCCUCGUGUCAAUACAGAGAUUGGGACAGUCACCAUCAGGUGUGCGGCAAUUCGCGGGCCAGUGAGCUGAGCGCCAAGCACCUCCAUUCGGCCAGCAGUCUACGCAGUGCGAUGGCCACCAGGUCGCCACCCACGCCCAAUUCAGCGGCCCAUCUGCAGGCGGCGGCAGUGGCUGCGGCUGCUGCUGCGGGCGCCCGUGAAGCGGUCAGUGCUCCAGUUGGAGGAGGUCCGGGAUCAGGAGUAUCUGCCGGCGGAAGCAGUGUCCCCUCCGGUGGAGGAGGGGGUGGAGGAGCAGGCGGCGGAGGAGGAGGUGGAGGCGCCUCGGCUGCCGCUGUGGCCGCUGCCACUCCAGGUGCUUUGGUGGCCAACGGGUUGGGCUCCAAAUGACGCAUUCGCAUGAUGAAACCCAAGAAGAAGUACUUGUGCUAGUCAAAUUAAAAAAAAGAGGGGGUGAACCACAAAAACCAUAUACACACUUAAAAUUAUGCAGCUAAUAUAGAGUUAUCCAAAAACCAAAAAACGAGAAAUGAGUAAUUGUCAGCAUCGUCACUUAAAGACAACUAAAAACCUAGAUGAUGCUUAACAUCCAAAAAACGCAUAAAUAGAUACAGAUUGGUGUGCAUUUUCACUAGAGUUUAUACAUUUCAGUGUUUCAAGCAGAGAACCAUUAAGGAACGGGUUGAAGGGUAUAAUUGAAAGGGUUCUAAUUCCUUAGAAUAAUCCAAAGGAAAGGUUAUGCAACUUAAAUUACUCAUCAAAUACAUUUUAGGGAGUUUAUCCUGCAAUUCUCAACCUGUGACUUAAUAAAUGUACGGAAAUUCCAUUUUACCAUCAGCACCUUCAUAGGCAAAAAAAAGAAAAAUACAUCAAUAUUAUUAACAAUAUGUGCACACUAAUAAAGAUUACAUAAGCAAGUAAAAUCAUUCAAAGCAAAGAACUUGAGAAACAGUAAAAUUCUGUAAGUAAGCAGCCCAAAGCGAGUAAAAACAAAAACUGAACAUAGUAGAUUUUAUUAAUACAAUACAGUAUAUUACUACGGAUAUGAUUAUGAUUAUGAGAAUGGCUAAUUUAUUGAACGAGUUUAAUUUAUUGAUUAGUAUUUAUUGUAUUCCCUAAACUAAACGUAAAUGUACUUUUAUCAUAAACAAAUACCAAGUAAAUGUUAAACCUACAAGAAAACCAAGGCUACAAGGCGACGACAAAGAAAAAUCCAAGAAAUAAAGUGUUUUAAACCAAAUGGAACAAAUUCCAAUUCCUAAA